AUGGGCAGCGCUCCCCUCCCGCGAAAGGACUCCAUUGCACACCGAGAUUUCGCCGUCUUUGGCUUGUGGACAAACUCUGCCUCCAGUCGGUUAUGCUUCAAAGCUGUCGCCUCAUUUCACACCAUAUACGUGUCUUUGUUCUCUUCGCACCCGCCACACGUCCUCCGAUCGUCUCCGCAAAAGUCGCGUCGUGUACGCGGGCAUCGCAGCCAAGCUGGCUUCCCGACGCACCACGCGCUCCGACCGGGAGCUAAGCCGGUCAACAAUGAGCUCGAGCAUUCGCACCGCGACUGGAAGAGGGAGUGGUUUUCCAAGACAGCCCGCCGGGAGGUCAUCGACGUUGAGGCAACCGUCAUGCUUGGGCACGGCGAGAGGUAUCCCCGACCGCGCGGGCGCAGCGUGAAGCGCAAGGAGCGUGACUUUGAUUCUGACGCUGGCGGCAGUAGCAGCGGCGGCGGCGGCGGCGGCGGCGGCGGCGAAGAGACAAAUAUCAACGUAGUUGUGAGGUGCCGAGGACGGAGCGAGCGCGAAGUCAAAGAGAACAGUGCCGUGGUCGUGCAGGCGGACGGCAUCAAAGGAAACGCCGUCGGGCUGCUGCUGGGCCCGAAUUCUCUCAGCAACAAGUCGUACGCCUUCGACCGCGUUUAUUCCGCCGCGGCGGAUCAGGUCCUGGUGUUCGACGACACGGUCAAGCCAAUAUUGGACGAGAUGCUCGCCGGAUACAACUGCACAAUCUUUGCGUACGGGCAGACGGGCACGGGGAAGACGUACACCAUGUCGGGGGACAUGACCGAGACGCUGGGCAUACUCUCCGACCAGGCGGGCAUCAUCCCCCGCGUGCUGCACCAGCUGUUCAGCAAGCUGGAGAUUGACGACCGAGAGCACUGCGUGAAAUGUUCCUUCAUCGAGCUCUACAACGAGGAACUCCGCGAUCUUCUGUCCGUCGAGGAAAGCGCCAAGCUGAAAAUCUACGACGACGCGUCGAGAAAAGGACACGCGGCCACGGUCGUCCAAGGCAUGGAGGAGAAGCACAUCAGAAACGCGUCCGAAGGCAUCAAGGUGCUUCAGGAUGGCAGCUUGAAACGACAGGUGGCCGCUACCAAGUGCAACGAUCUCAGCUCCCGGAGCCACACGGUCUUCACGAUCACCGCCUACGUGAAGAAGACGAACAACCAGGGGACAGAUGACCUGGUCAGCGCAGGGAAGCUCAACCUGGUGGAUUUGGCUGGGAGCGAAAACAUCCAGCGGUCCGGGGCGGAGAACAAGCGAGCCGCCGAGGCCGGCCUCAUCAACAAGUCGCUGCUCACUCUUGGCCGUGUCAUCAACGCGCUGGUGGACCGGGGCUCUCACAUUCCCUACAGAGAGUCCAAGCUGACGCGGCUGCUGCAAGACUCGCUCGGCGGGCGGACCAAGACUUGCAUCAUAGCCACGAUUUCUCCAGCCAAGGCGAAUCUCGAGGAGACGAUUUCCACUCUCGACUACGCGUUCCGCGCCAAGAACAUCAAGAACAAGCCCCAGGUGAACCCGAUGCUCAACAAGAAGAUGCUCUUGAACGAGUUUGCCAACGAAAUCGAGAAGCUCAAGAGUGAGCUCAUCUCGACGAGACAGCGCAACGGGGUGUACUUAUCCAACGACGCGUACGAAGAUUUGACUGCCCAAAAUGAGUCUCGACGUAUCGUGCUGGAGGAGCAGAGUGCAAAGAUCGAGACCUUGGAGACCAACCUGAGGAACAAGGUGCAAGAGCUGUUUUCCAUAGCCACCUCCCUUAUGGGACUGAGAAAGGAUCACGACGGAGUCAAAGCCCAGCUCGAAAACACAAGGGGGGUGCUUGACCAGACGGAAAUAGUGCUGUCCGCGACGCGCAGGACACUUGCAGAGGAAACGCAGCUGAGGAGGGCACACGAGAAGACGGAGGAGAAGCUUACGGAAAUCGGAGGACAGCUCAUCAGCAAGCUUCACAGGACGGUGAGUGACGUCUCGGGUCUCAGGGCAAAGAACAAACGAAAGUCGGACUUGCAGUCGAUCAAUCGAGCAGCCUGGAGCACGUCACAGGCGCAAGUCGCGGAUGUCACGUCCAUGGUUGCGCGGCGAGUCCUCGAGUUUCAAGAGGAACAGCGAGAGCACAUCUCCAGCGUGUCACGACGAAUGACGGUAUUCGUGGACGAGGAGCUGCAGAAGCUUUCGUCCACGCAGGCACUGCUGGACGAGCAUCUCAACACGUUCACCGAUGCGAAGAGGCUGCUGCUGGAGAGGAAGCAGAGGUCAAGGGACGACAUGGACCGAGUUUUGGACGAGAUCAAACAGGUUCGAGACGCAGUCAAGGAGAAGGUCGGGGAGAGGCUGCAGGUCAUGUCCCAAGCUGCGGAGAAACUGUCGGGCGAUGUUUUGCAAGAGAUGGCAAACUUUCACACCCAACUCCACGACUCUUACAGCUCUCUCGGAAGAGACUUCAAGUCCAUCUUUGAAGAUCUCGUCAAACACAUCACGGCACAACGCAGCGAGGCUGACGGCCUACGACGACAGCUGCAAAGUGCGAUGAACACCAUUGCCCUGCAGAACGCCAGCCUGUCCACGCGAGUUCAGGAAGCGCUGGAGGAGGAACGACGACAGACGGCCGAGGACGGGCAGAGACUGAUGACGCAGAUCACCAGCUUGAUCCACGCGCAAGCCGACACGCAGGAGGCCCGCCUCGCGGACAGGGCGACUCUCAUCCAGAGGGGCGUCGCCGACUCCAAUGCCGCCAUGGAGGCCGCCAUGUCGCAGUACGCGCAGGGAAUGGAGAGCUGGGACGGCAAGGAAAACGACCUGAUGGAGGAGGUCAAGAAGUCUCGCGAGCACUUGAAGACGAGGCUGAAGGACGACUGGACCGUGGCGAGCGACCAGAGCACGUGCAUCCAGAACGCGACCAAGACGAUGCACAGCGAGACGGCGCGCGUCGCGGAGGAACAGACAGACGACCUGGACACGCAAAUGGAGGCGCUCGACGACUUUGUCGGCCGAGCCAGGACGGAAAACGCGAGCCACCACGAGUCUCACGGCCAGUCUGUCCAGGCGCUGUCCAGCACGGUCGAGCAGUCGCUCGGCAGCAUCUCGGCGCACCUCAAGGCGACGUUCGAAAGGGUCAGGAACCUCGGCGAAGGCAUGGCGCUGGACGCGAACGACCUGCGGGACGGCCUCGAGCCGCUCGAGCCGCAGCUCUGCCAGCCGCUGGCCAACCUGCGCGAGGGCAUCGCGUCCACGGCCCUGCAGGAGUACCAGCCCACGGGCGACACGCCCCAGAAGGCGACGUACACGUUCCCCACGAAGCUUCCUCGCACCGAGGCCCACGACGUCGUCGUCGCCGCCGCGGCCGACGGGGCGCAGUCUCCGCCGCGCACGGGCGACGACGGCAAGGACGACUCGUCGAUGCUGCUGCCCGACGCUGGACGCAAAGGCUCCCCCGUCACGGCGACGAGGCAGCCGAGCGCCGGCGGCGCGUCGGACAAGAGCGUGGGCCUGCGCGAGGUCAAUCCUAACGUGACGGCGAAUCUGGCGGCCGCGGCCACGGCCACGUUUGAUCCGAGGGCGAGCACGAUGAGCAUGCCCCCCGAACACGCCAUGCCCAGCCUCAAGAGGCCGCUCAAGGGGGCGAGGGGUGUCAGGAGCCACCAGCCCGUGCUGGCCGAGGGCAGGGAGAAUAUCCUGGUCGGGUUUGAGCAGGGCCCGUCGAGGAGGAAGAGCCCGAGGCUGAAUUAG